GAGAAAAAGGAAAAAAAAAUUCUUUAAAUAAAUAAAUAAAAAUGUGUGAGUGAGUGUUUGUGUGCUUGUGUGUAUGCAUGGAUGGAAGAAUUUUCACAUCAAAAAUGAUCACUUAUUUCCCAAGAUUCUCAGAUGACCACUUCUCUUCCCUCCAAAAUGAUGACUGAGAAUUCAUUGUGUCUUUUGUGAAGAAACAUAUCUUCUUUUUUGUGUCCUUUGGAACUAGAUUUUAUAAUUGGUCAAUGUUUUGGUCUCUGGGUUCUUCAGAGUAGGUACUGUGGAAUACAACUGAAAUUUAUCUCAUCUUAAUUUGUCCCAAAUCAUCCUUAAACAUCAACAUAAUGGAGCUACCCUUGAACUUUCUUAUUCUUCAGGUGAUAAGCAGGCCAUCCCAGGUUAGUGAUUAUCAACCUGGGAAAUAUUAGAGCUGUUUCCCCUCUCUCUUUCUCUUCAAGAGCAUUCGAUGGGUAGACUUUUCCAGGAAGUCAGCAACUCCACGGGAAGCUUCCAAAGACACACAUAACAGCCUCAGUGACAUCACUUAAUCAAUACACAUUGAGAUCUUAACUAAAUUUUAUUAAUUGCUCCGAAUCAGUAUGACUCACACAAGGGAAAAUUAGAAAAGAUGUAGCUCAGAAUGUGUGAUACGAAUGACCCUGACACUCAGUCAGUUAUCUUUGUUGGCAUCUUACCAUUCUCUUCUAAUACCUCCUUCCUCCCUUGCCUUUCAUUUCCUCCCUUCUCUCCCUGAGAGUCAGGCUGGCAGAGUUGGCUUGCUAGUCAGACCUGCCUUCAGACCCCAGCUGUGCUGCUUAUAGGUAGGGUAACCACAGAUACAGUAACUCUCAGAGUCCUGCUUUCCAUGUCUCUACAGUGAGAGAAAAUGAUUCAUCCCUUAUGGGACUGGUGUGAAGACUAAAUGAGAGGAUGUGUGUAAAGUGCACACACAGUGGCUCAGUAAAUGGCCAUUCCUUCUGCUUCCUUUCUCUGCUCUCCCAAUUUCCUCACUUGUUGCCAUUCUACCCCAUUUCUGAGGCUUUUGCUUUAUUUUCCACUCUCUUUUCUCUCUGUUCCACACCUGGAGUGACACCAGGAAGUAUUGCCUGGUUUCUGUGAUGGCGCUCAAGUUAAUAAGCCUUUGAGCCUUGCUGCAGAGAAAACUAGAUUCAGAGGGAGGUAGACCUAGAUCUCGAUGAUAGUGAUAGAGAUGAGUAGAGAUGGACAUAGAGAGAAGUGAUUGUCCAUCCUGCCGUGCUGGGUGGCAGUUUUCUUCCUAGUUUAGAGAGAAAAAUCUUCUCUUGUUAUCCUGUAGACUGACUGACUGAUGUAUUCAUCCUGGGGGAUAUGAUACAAACACAGUUAGCCUUGGCAGAGCAAUGCUAGUCAGGGGAUUGUCACAAAAGUGGUCUGCAUGACACCUGACAUGAGGGAGUCCUUCCCUGAAGGCCUUUUAAACCUGAGAAGUCCACUUAACCCAAGAGAGAAGGCAGCAGAGAGCUAAGCAACAAGUCUGUUGCCAACAUCAGUCCUCACUAAUCACCAGGGAAAUGCAAGUCAAAACCACAAUAAGACCUCACCUCAUACCUCUCUGAAUGGCUAUUAUCAAAAAGCAAGAGAUAAUACGUGCUGGCGUGGAUGUGGAGAAAAGGGAACACUUGUGCUCUGUUGGCUGGAAGGUAAACUGCUGCAGCCACUAUGGAAAACAGUAUGGAGGUUCCUCAAAAAAUUAAAAACAGAAAUACCAUUAAUCCAGCAGUGUCACAUCUGGGAAUAUAUCUGUGGAUAUCUGAGCCCCCAUGCUAACUGAAGCAUUAUUUACAAGAGCCACCUCAUGGAAAUAACCUAAGUGUCCAUUGAUGGAUGAAUGGAUAAAGAAAAUGUGUAUAUUCAAUGCAAUGGAAUAUUAUCCAGCUAUGAAUAAAAUGAAAUCCUGUCAUUUGUGACAACCUGGAGGAGGGUUAAAGGCAUUAUGCUAGGGGAAAUAAGUCAGACAGAGUAAGACAAAUACUGCAUGAUCUCACUUAUUUGUGGAAUCUAAAAAAAAAACUAACUCAUAGAUUCAGAAUAGAUUGGUGGUUGCCAGGAUUGAGGGUGGGGUGGGAGGUUGGGGAAUGGGUGAACUUGGUCAAAGGGUACAAGAUAUAAAGUAACAACUAGUUGCCCCAGUCCAUACAAAGUAGUUAAUUCAUCUUAUCAGUGUCAAUCAACAAGCAAGUAAUUUCUCCAAGCCCAGUCCAUUUUAAAUCCCGACAAACUUGCUCUUCCCUUGUAGUACCCUGAAGGUAUUCCAGGUCCUUAUCACUCAUUAAGUGGGAGAGGCAAAAUUAUUGUCUUUAUUUUUUGGACCAGAAAAUGAAGCUCAGAGAAGCGACUUGCCCAAGGUUCCUCAGCUAGAGUGGAACAAAGCUAACUUACAAUUCAGCUUCUGAUUCCUAGUGCAAGAUUGUCUGGUACUCUACCAUAACACCAAAGUAUUUGCCAAUAUUCUAAAUUCCUAUUUAAAUUUGAUUUAAUUCCUAAGUCUGAGGAACUUUGUUUUCAUGUAUCAGAAGAUAUCUCUGCAGUUGGUCAGAAUUAGGAUUGAACUCUCCUAUCACAUAUACACCAUCAAGAAUACUUACCACCUCAGAAACCUGAGCUUAGUUUCAUCCUUCACUUGACUUUCUGAGUCUCUAACGCUGGGGCCUGAGAGAUUCUCUUGGGUGUCCAGAGGCACUCAGGUUUCACCAAUGUCAAUGGGAUGGAAACAACCCCCACGGGAUUGGGAGGUGUUCAGCCUAGAAAACCAAAUGGCCAAGUGUCUAUUUCUGCCUACUUUAUUUUAUGCAGUGUCAGCUUGCUGUAUUGGACUACACACACUCCCUGCAAUUAAGAAAUCCCAUACAUCCACCCUAAAGCGCCCUAUUAAAUGUUGCCCUCACCACUGCUACUUGUUAACACUAUGUCCACGACUGAGGAUAAUGCAUCACCAGCCUUUCCUCAAUUAGACCAUGAAAAACUUAGUCUUUAUUACACUAAUAUUCCUUCAAUAUCUUCUAGAAUAGUGUUUCUAAUUCUCAGUACAGAUUCACACACGAUAAUGACAAAAGUUUCAUGAAGUAUACCUUCCAUCACUCUGUGUGAUACCCUCUGAGAUGUCCUCUUCUCCCUUUUAAUGAGGGUUAUCAUGCCCUGAGUAACUUCAUAACCCACUAAGGGGUCCUAACCGACAGCUGUAAAAUACUGUUCCAGAAAAGCAAUGUAUACUCCCAUUGCAUUUAUCCAGUAAUUCGACAAAUGCCUGUCAAGCAUCCUCAGUGUUCCACGUGCUGGUGCUGUAGGGUUCACACACAUCCAUUUUCCAGGAAGUUGUAGUCAGUAAAGUCUCCAUAACAAAACGCAAUCAGAGAAGACAGUAGGAAGAAAGUGCAGAAGAUGCCUCCGCCUGAGCAGAUGCAAGAAGGCGUCAUAGAAAGCAAGAACUGAGCUGUGCCCUGAAACCUGAAGGGAGCUAAGACCUGGACAUGUGGGCAUGACUGUGGGAAGGAGGGGACCGGAGGCCUUAACCAAGGGCAGGGGUGGUCUGAGCUAGGGCCAGGGUCCUGUGAGGUCCUGCAGAUUGAGAAUCUUCUAUAUGGGAUGAGAAGUGCUUGUUUUAUAAAUGCUGUCCAGUGGCCUGGAAGUGGCAAUGGUUAAAUGUGCAAGUAAACUCCUUCCAUCCAGCCUCUAGCAGGAGAAGGAGAGGCUUCUGUUAGAUGUGUCAUUGAGCAAAGAGGCACCUGCAGGGAAGCCAGGUCUCAGAGCAGGUGUGGAGGGGACGAGGAGCAUCCCAAGAGAAAUAGAGGACAAUCGUUGUGGGUACAGCCCUGUGGCCUCUCCAUACUCACUUACUGGUGGACACCUUUCUUCCCGGAAGAAAUGAUCAGACGCAAACAUUGCUCCCACACUACCUGUACAAAUUGGCGACCCAGAUGGGACCUCUGUCCCCCUGUUCUUGCAAACAUCCGUUUUCCAACAGAUGGAGAACAUGUUCACGAUCCUGGAGGUUGAGCCUCAGUGGGAGGGACUCUCCUCUUUGUGUUGGUGCUGCCAGCCUGCCAUUGCUUCCCCAUCAGGAGACCCAGCAGCCACUCUGAGCAUUUUGCUCCGAGAAUCUCUUGAUGGAGGUCAGUGGCACCAACCCCACAGCACAACUAUAAGCAUUAUUUCUUUAAGUUGUCUCACAAAGUCAGCUGCCUCAACCUUGGGUUAAAAGCAGCCUCAGCCUUGGGUUCGAGUCCCAAGGUUUGUGUGUUGGAGCCUGGCUUCUGGGUUCAGGUCCUUGUCUGGAGGUGGCCUGGCUCAGGAAAGUGGAGUCCCAAAGUGGUUGGAAGGAUUGUGCAACUUGGCCACCCCGGAAGAACCGAUGCUCAGCUCUGGCCAACAGGAGCCAUCCCUGCUAACUAGUCACUGGGCAGUGAGGGCUUGAAGCCCAUUUGAGUUUGUCACUGCUGGGACUUGAAGCCCCUUUGAGGGCCCUUUGGUGUUUUGUAUUUUGUGAGUGACAGAAGGAGUUGGUCUCUAGACUCACUGAGUCUUAUCUUGUAACUGGAACAAGGCGGAGUUAGGUCCUUACAGUCUGAAUGUUAACCUUUGAGCUGUGUGGAACAAAGUAGCUGGCCACACCCAGCAGAGGAUCCUCAUAACCCUCUGUUUCCUCAACAGACAGGCUUCCAGGCCUCUGGGAUCUCUCUGUCUCAGUUUCCUUACCAGCCGUCCUUGGGGAAGCUCGAUGCCCCUGUUCUUUCCCCCUCACUUCCUGCUGGAGAGGUUCUGUCGGCCUCUCCUCUCCCAGGUUGGACCUUCCUGGGGUCCUUAGUCUCCUUAACCGUCCUCCUCGAGAGGGCAGCUUGGCUUUUGCUGGUGGAGGAAACAAGGCUCGGAACUUGAGAAGACGUCUGUGGUGAGUCACGGAACUCGUGCAUGACAGGGGCCAAGGUACUUGCCCUCCUAGCACUUGGUCCGGUUUUUCUUUUACUGGAUAUUGGAUCUGUCAGGGUUUUUUUGUUGUUUUUUGCUUUGCACUAACCUUUUCCAACAGGACCUGCUAAAAAUGAUGAGCUUUAUUUAAAAUGAUUACAUUUCUUUUGCCUAAUUAUAUUUUAAAUUAGACUGUGGGGAUUGUGAGCACAUAUAAAUCCACCCAUCAGGCAAUGCUAAUUAACCAUGGUAAGAGAGACCUCACCUUAUAUUGGCCAAAAUGGGGCAAGCUCAUUUGACUGAAGCUGGUGUAUUUGCAUAUGUAAUUAGAAACAAAGCGGGCCAUGAAAAAUUAAACAACCAAUGGGAAGUCUAUUUAAAUUGUUUUUUUUUGGUGAGGGAGAUUGUCCCUGAGCUAAUAUCUGUGCCAGUCUUCCUCUAUUUCAUAUGCAGGAUGCCACCACAGCAUGGCUUAAUAAGCAGUGUGUAGGUCCACACAGGGGAUCUACACUCUCAAACCCCUGGCCACUAAAGGGGAGCAUGUGACCUUAACCACUAUGCCACCAGGCUGGCCGUGCCUAUUUUGAUUUUUGAGGCUUCUAAACAAGAAAAAAAAUCCCAUGCUGCCUCUUUAAGCAAAAGUAAAUAAACAAAUGUGCUGGGGAAAGAAGACCCAAUCUGCUGCUCCUCCCUCCUCUCUUGCUGGGCCCCCCAACUUCAACUUCCGCAAAAUUCCAUAUCUGAAACUAAGCAGUGAAAAUAGGUAAACUUUUAAAAUAUUUUAAAAUUGUAAUGGCUAUUUUGGGAAAAUUUUGUUCCAGAAAAUUCCACCUUAAAAGCGAGGAUUCCAAACCUCUUACAAUGGCAUGCAUUCUUUGAUUAAUACACAGAAGCAGCUAAAAGAGAAAAUGACCUUAAAACCAGCUGUAAAAAAGGAUCCUUAGAGCAAAAAGAAAAAAAUCUUUAAGACAAAUCUUUAGCCAUCUGAAGAGGUCACAAUUUGGAUCCAGCAUUUUUUAUAUUUUGUUCCUGAGACAUGGCUGAAAUUUUUAAAGUUCUGUUUCUGAUUGUCCAAAUGUCUCUGUCUGUGUGUCUGGAUUGUGUCAUUUCUAAAGGAGGUGUAUUUAAUUGACUUAAAAUAAGCACUUACGUAAAUUAUUUCUAAAUGUGAUAAAAACUAGCCCAGAUGUCUUUCCAGUUAACAUGAUCUAAAAUGAUCUUUGGUAAAUAAAAACUUGUUUAAGUCUAUUGGUUUCAUUAAAAGAGACAUGUCCACAAGUUAUCAACAUAGGAUGUCAUAUAAACAUACAUCCUUUAUGAGUCAAAGAAACUCAUGUUGUCUCUCUUACAGAAUUUGUCAACAAAACUAAUAACUUAAAAUAAUAGCUAAUUUUGUCUAAUUCAUAAGGUUUUUAUAGGCAAUCUAAAUAUUCAUUGGAAACAGGUAAAAUAAAUAGAUGUAAAAUGGUAAAAGCUUUGGGGAGAACUUUUAACAAUAAUGGUGAUUUAAUAUACGUACAUACAACAACUUAAAAUGAUGGCGAACUGCUCUGGUGUCACAUAGAGACUUUGUGAGUAAUCUGGACAUGAUUGUUAAAAACAAAUGGCUUAAAUGUAAGUGAGGUAAGAGUUUAUGGAUAGAAUUUUAAUAAUAAUUAUAUUUUAUAACAUAUGUAUUUAGAAUAGUUCCAAAAUCUUUUUUGUAAGUUAAAACUUUGAAGUUUUACUCGAUUAAAUUAAAUGAUAAAAAAUUCAUUAAAUAGCAAGAUAAUUUCUAAAAGAGAUAAAAUGUCAGAUAAAGGUUAAUCUACUUUUGCCUUCUUAUUACAAAACAACUAAAAGAUCUUCAGGUCUAUUAGUAAACACGUCUUAUGUUAUAAAAGAUUAUACUAUGAAGUAUCAUGUUCCUAAAUCUUAUAAAAAGUAUUUAUAAAUAUGCCGACCUACAGAAUACUAAUGUAAAAGAUAGUAUAUAAUUACUUACUUCUUAGUUUUUGCAAACACAGUCAAAGUCCAUAAUUGCUAAAAGUUCUAUUAAUACAUAUGAUUAAAUUUGGGCCCAGCUUUGUGGCUGAGUUGUUAGAGUUCCACAAACUCCACUUUGCUGGUGCAGGUUCAUGGGUUCAGAUCCCAGGGGCAGACCUAUUUUGCUCACCAGCCACACUGUGGAGGUGUCCCUCAUAUGAGAAUAUAGAGAAACAUUGGCACAGAUGUUAGCUCAGGGCAAAUCUUCCUUGGCCAAAAAAAGAAAAAGCUACUAAAAGUUACUAAGGAAACUUCUUUGUAUUCAAGGAAAGUAAAAUGUAUGUUUUCAGUAAAGAAGACAUAAAGACUAGAGAUAUUUUUAUUUGUUUUGUUAAAAAAGAUAAAUUUGUUCUACAGUACUGGAAAAAAAACGAAGGGAGACAUAAAACAAAUUCUAAAUCUAAGAAGCAAGUGACAGAAAAUUUGUGAAAGUAAAAACUAGGAUAAAAGAGUUUUAUACAUAGUUAAGACGACUAAGAUUAAAAUAAAUUUGAUUAAAUAAACGAGUUUCUAUAUCAAAAGUAAGUUAAAACAAUUAAACAUUUGGCUUUCUCUCUCUUAAAAGGAUAAUCUUCUGAAAGUUUUGGUCUACUCUUGACAAAGAGAUUAUGAAAGGUUUUUUUUUUUGUUUAUCUUUGAGUGAGUCUACUCACAAGACAGAAAAUCUAUGUUUCGUUAAAAUAAUUUCCUACGCUUAAGGAGGCUGAAUUCCCUAUUUUAGAGUCUUCUUUUUAGACUGUUCCACUCUGUCUGUGACAAUUUCUGUUAUCACCCUGAUUAAAUGGAUAACUAAACAUUAUUUCCAAUGUGACCAAGUGUUUUAAAACCUCUUGAUGUUUUUUUGGCUAAUUUCCCCAAGGUUCAAAUCCUAAGUAAAGUCUUUUUGGGGGUUUCAGUGGGACUCUGAGACUUCUCAAAGAAUUUGUUCUUUCUAUAAAGUGGGAGAUUUUAGACUAGUUAGGCUUAUUGCGUGUAUUAAAUUACUUGCAAAAUUAUCAAAUAAAUAAUAAUAAACCUUUAUAGGUUAUAUUAUGUGGGUAAAUGUCACUGAUAUAAGUAGUUCUUGAUACCUGUUCACUUCUCAAAGUGCUCCAGAUUUAUCUGUAGGAAACUCCAAAAACUGACAAUAGGGCCUGAUACCAGUUCUGUGCAGUUAGUGGAGGUGGCCCUCAGGGUGCCCAACACCAGAAAUAUGAUAGAAGAAAUGAAAGAUGACCAAGAGAUGCAGAGGCAAGCUACUCUGCUUUGGUUGACCCUCCAGUCUGCUGGAGGUCACCUGAAGGAGAAGAAGAAGAUGCUACUGGUGAGUGACCCUAGCCCCUACCAUGGGACCAGAAGGCCAGCAAUGAAGUUGGGGCCUAAUCAGUGGCAAGUGCAGACAGGAGGGACAUGGGGAUUGUCCGAACCAACCCAAGAGAGGGAAGGGAUCAGACAAGACCAAGCCAUGGCAACUUCCCAUGACUACAGAUGAUAUGUGAUGGGGCCAUGGGGCUCCCCAGUUGGCUCCAGGCAACCAGUCCUCAGCUUCCCAGAAGGGCCCUGGGUAACCUUAGCAGUGGGAGGAGAGCAUGUUGAAUUUUCGCUCUAUACUGGGGCCACACUCCUGGUGUUAAACACCCAACAAAGGAACCCUUUCAAAAAAGAAAGUGUGAUAUAAAAGGAGUAUCAGUAGAGGAGAGACCAGAAGGUUUCUGGAGCCCUUGACCUGUGAAAUAGGAUCCAAAACAUUAGGACGUGCUUUUCUAUAUCUGCCAGAAUGCCCUGUUCCUCUCCUCGGAGGGACACAUUAUCAAAACUAGGGGCCUCAAUAAACUCGGAACAAGUCAAAAUAGAAAUCCAAGUUCCCAAAAAUCGGGAGGUCGAGCUCAUGGCCUCGUUAGAAAACGCACCAGUACCUGAAAAGGAAGAAAUUCCCCAAACAUUCUAAGCUGAGUCAACUCAGAGGUAUGGACACAAGGACAAAUGGGACAGGCAGCUGGUGCCAUACCUGUAGGGGUGGACUAAAAGUAGAUAGACCACUGGCCUCUCACAUAACAAUGCCCCCUAACGUCAGAAGCCAUAUAAUUCCUAUAAUUGAGAAACUUCUAAAACAAGGAAUAAUCGGGCCAUGUAGCUACCCAUGUAACACUCACAUUUUACCCAUUAAAAAGCCAGGAAAAGGGAAGUACAGAUUUGUUCAAGACCUUAGGGCUGUCAACAAAACAGUCCAAGACCCACAUCCUGUAGGACCUAAUCCUUAUACCUGCUGGCUAAUCUCCCUGGGACAGCAUGUUUCAUACAGCGCUAGAUUUAAAAGAUGCUUUAUUUUAUGUCCCAUUGGACCCUGAGUCCAAAGAGAUUUUUGCCUUUGAAUGGGAGGACCCAGACUCCCACCAGAAUCAACAAUACUGCUGGGCUGUCUUAGCCCAAGGAUUUAAAAAUUCCUUUACAAUUUUUGAGGAAAUCCUGGGCCAAGAUUUAAGGGAAUUAAAAUUAAAACAAAGCACUGUCUUACAGUAUGUGGAUGGCAUCCUAGCAGCUAGUCCUUCUAAGAAAAUCUCUGAUGAGAACACGGUGAUCAUUUUGAACUUCUUAGCCAGUAAGGGAUAUCAAGUGUCUAAGGGAAAAACUCUGGUAUCUCAAGAGACUGUAAAGUAUUUGGGGUUUAUUAUUUUGAAGGGGCAGUACCACCUUCCUCAGAGAGGCAAAUGGUAAUAUAUCAACUUCUCUACCAAGAACAUGUAGUCCCCUAUAAGAAUUCGUGAGAUGGCUGGGUUCUGCCACACAUGGAUCCCUAAUUUGGGGUUGAUUGCUAAGCCUCUCUAUGACAAAUUACAGGGGCCAGAAACGGACCCCUCUGAAUGGGAUGAGCUAUGUGACCAAGCUUUCAAUAAGCUUAGAAACUUACUAAUAGAAGCACCUGCACUGGUCUUUCCAGACCUGAGCAAACCAUCUGACUUGUACCUUCAUGAAAGACAAGGGAUAACUCUGGGAGGAUUAGCACAAACAUUGGGACCCUUAAAGAGAGUGAUAGCCUGUUUCUCAAAGCAGCUAGAGACCGUGGCAAAAAGACAGCCUCCAUGCCUGAGAGCUGUGACUGCCACCUCUCUGUUAGUCAGGGAUAUGAACAACUUAGAGCCAUGCUGGUGACCCACAGAAUUACCUUAGACCAGCGGGAAAAAUUCUACUCCUCUACCAGCCCCUAUGACAACGCCCAUGCUCAGGAGGAAGUAAUUACAGAAUACGGACCUUUGACCCAUGCCCUCAAGAGUGAGGAGCAGGGUAAAAGUAGAGGAGGGAUUCUGUCACCAGCCACGGACUCGAACCCGCUUUUCUUGUCCUGCCUAAACUCUAAUCUUUUGUGUUUGACCUGAUUCUUUUGUCAUCUUGAAAGUUACAGACAUUCUUCUCUCCAAGAACUUUGGGGUCUUGAGCAUAUGUGGUUUCAGCUAUGCACGAGGAAGAAGCUCUAAAUGACAACCACCCUGGACCCAACCACUUUGAACUGGACCAGACCGGCGGAGACCGCAAGCACAGGAAUUCCACCUAUGCCAAGAGGCGAAGAGUUGUACUAAAGUAUCUGGAAAGGAAUUAUGGUACAGUUCGGGAUUUUUGUCAAAAACACAAAACCACCCUUCGGUACAUCCUCUGGGGCACCUUAUUAGCUGGUUACCUGGCUAUGGUGAUCGCCGCGUGUGGGCUCAACUUUCACCGAGCCCUUCCUCUCUUCGUGAUCACUGUGGCUGCCAUCUUCUUUGUGGUCUGGGAUCACUUUAUGGCCAAAUAUGAUCAUCGAAUUGAAGAGCUCCUGUCUCCUGGCAGAAGGUUUCUGGACAGCCAUUGGUUCUGGCUGAAGUGGGUGAUUUGGAGCUCUCUGAUCCUGGGAGUUGUUUUCUGGCUGAUCUUUGACACCGCCAAAUUGGGGAAAUGGCAGCUGGUGUCCUUCGGUGGACUCAUAGUGUACGUUAUCCUGCUAUUUCUAUUUUCCAAGCACCCAACCAAAGUACACUGGAGGCCUGUCUUUUGGGGAAUUGGGUUACAGUUUCUUCUUGGGCUCUUAAUACUAAGGACUGGCCCUGGACUUAGGGCUUCUCAGUGGUUGGGCAAACAAGUUCACACCUUCUUGGAGCACACUGACGCUGGUGCUUCCUUUGUCUUUGGCGAGAACUACACAGACCACUACUUGGCAUUUAAGUUCCUGCCAAUGCUGGUUUUCUUCAGUGCCGUCACGUCCAUGCUAUACUACCUUGGACUGAUGCAGUGGAUCAUUAGAAAGAUUGGAUGGCUCAUGCUGGUUACUAUGGGAUCAUCUCCUGUUGAAUCUGUAGUUGCUGCUGGCAAUAUAUUCGUCGGAUAUACGGAGUCUCCACUGCUGGUCCAACCGUAUAUACAACAUGCCACCAGGUCUGAACUCCAUGCAAUCAUGACUGCUGGGUUCGCUACCAUCGCUGGAAAUGUCUUAGGCCCAUACAUUUCUUUUGGGAUUUCACCUGCCCACUUAUUAACUGCUUCAGUUAUGUCAGCGCCUGCGUCAUUGGCUGUGGCUAAACUCUUUUGGCCUGAGACAGAAACACCUAAAACAACCCUGAAGGAUGCCAUGAAAAUGGAAAUGGGUGAUUCGAGGAAUCUCCUAGAAGCUGCAUCAUAUGGAACAUCGUCAUCCAUCUCCCUGGUGGCAAACAUCGCUGUGAAUAUGAUUGCCUUCCUGGCCCUGUUGUCUUUUGUCAAUGCAGCUCUGUCCUGGUUUGGAAACAUGUUUGACUAUCCACAACUGAGUUUUGAGCUAAUAUGUUCCUACAUCUUCAUGCCGUUUUCCUUCAUGAUGGGCGUAGACUGGCAAGACAGUUUUAUGGUUGCCAAACUCAUAGGUUAUAAGACAUUCUUCACUGAAUUUGUGGCCUAUGAGCGCCUCUCAAAAUUGGUGGAUUUAAGGAAAGAGGCUGGACCCAAAUUUGUGGAUGGUGUGCAGCAAUAUAUGUCGAUUCGUUCUGAGACAAUUGCCACUUACGCUCUCUGUGGCUUUGGCAGUGUCAGUUCCCUAGGAUUAGCAAUCAGCACUCUCACAUCCAUGGCUCCUUCCAGGAAGCGUGACAUCGCCGCAGGGGCAGUGAGAGCUCUGAUUGCAGGGAACAUCGCCUGCUUCAUGACCGCCUGCAUCACAGGCAUCCUCUCCAGCACUCCUGUAGACAUCACCUGCCAUCACAUUUUCGAGAACACCUUUGCCUCUGGCUUAUCUCAAAACACAACUGACGUGGUGUCGUGUUGCCAGAGCCUACUGAGCAGCACUGUUGCCGUGGGUCCCGGGGAGGUCAUCCCAGGAGGGUACCACAGCCUGUCUUCUUUGAAGAACUGCUGUGAAUUGUUGAAGCCAUCAACACUGAACUGCACUUGGAUCCCUGACGAACUCUGAGCUCAGCUACUUCUCCAACAGAACUCUAAGUACAGAUACUGAACUUUCUGCUUCUGGGAGAAAAAUAAAUGCUAUUGUCCACAGAUUGGUACUUCCAUCAUGGAGUCAGCUUUAACUGGAAAGAAGAAACACAGGAGUGCACCCUUCAGAUCUAGAGCAUCUUCCUCCCCUCCUCAGCCCUGUCCCCGCUUGAGAACUACUAUAGUGUCCCAAAGUGAGGUGUUGUCUCCAGUCCCGCAAGUGUCUUCUGACCUUAGAAUUUCAGGACAUUUAACCAGAAUGCAGGUACAAAUGACAGCUGACAACAACUGGGCUGUGACUCUGCCAUACUCAGUGUGAGUCUCUGAGUAAUCCAGAGUGACCCACUUUAAGAACAUCUCAGGUGAGGUCUCUGCUUUCACCCUGGCUGAGCUGAAAUAGCCUUAACGUUAAUCUCAGGUGGAGGAGGACCAGUCACAUAUCACCCACUCAUCACCUGCCCUGAGGAAGUCCCACAGAAAUCAGGAGUCCUUCAGGAGAGCGCCUAGACCAUUCCAAAGCUAGGUUUUAAAUGCCGUUUGCUUAGGUUAUACCAGUCACCUUAAGCUGAACUAUGCUGCAGUAACAAAUGAUUCAAAAAUCUUGGUGGUUUACAAGUUUAUUUUUUAUUCAUAGUAUGUGUUUAUUGAAGCCUAAUUUUGGCCAUAUUCCAUGUUGUCUUCAUUUCCAAGACCCAGGCUAAAGGAGCAGCCCCUAUGUGGGGCAUGUUGGUCUUAUGGGAGAGGGAAAAGAAAAAUGAGGACCACCUUAUGGUUCUUAAAACUUCUGCUAGGAAGUGACACCCUUCACUUCCACUACAUUACAUUACCCAAGGAUAGUCAUGUGACAAGCGUGAGUCAACGUCCACAGAUGAUUUAUGCUGUCGUGGGGAGGGAUAGAGAAUAUUUUGAAGAAAUAAUAUGACAUUCCACAUGCGUACAUAAUAUCCAUGUCUGCCUUUGAGAAGUCAACCUGGUAUACAGCAUAACUGUAAGCCUAUUCAUGCGGGAAUUUGGUUACGUUCCUGGUGACAAGACUGGAAAAUGGUGCUACUCGUUAGUCAAGAAGCCAUGUAAGGACCACUUGAAGAAGAAAACUUUCCAUUGCUACCUCCAGAAGAGCAUCAGCAUCAACUUGCUUAAUGGGUAUCAAAGAAGAACCUUAACGGGUUAUGAGACUUAGUGUGUUUUGGAAGAAAGUUCCAGAAACAAUGGUGGGAUGCCCUUUAAUGCUCAUCAUCAAUGCCCUUAAAAGCAUAAAGAGCAUAUUUUGUGAGAAAACACAUACAGUAAUGACUGGGUUAAAAGGUGAUUCACACAAAAGAAUGCAUGUGAGAAAGGUUUUGGAAACUCUUAAGUAAUUUAUUUAUAUUUUUCACUUUUGUUCAUGCACAACAGUAAUUUUUUUAAAUCCAUGUGUAAAUAGUUGAUUUCUGUUUUGUGAUGGUGGUGGUGGUAGUGAAGGAGGAAGCUAAGGCCCAAAGAUUUAGCUAAAUCUCGGAAGUACAUUGUACUAGGAUAUUUCUACUUAUUGAUCAUUUGUAUCAAAGUUUUCUUGGAACUCAAUGUGUUCUUUCAGUAUUUAGACUUUGUUUUAGGAAAAUAUAUUUACCUGUCUUUCCCUCUGUUCUCAGUGCUCUGGCGUCAGCCUUCAUUAAAGCCUGUGGCAGAGUGUGUCAGGGAUGCCAGUUAUUCACAUAUUGGAUCUCCUUUGUCUUUUAUCAUUGUUAUUUUUCUAACUCUUUUUUUCUCAUUUUAACUCUUUGCUUUUUUCUACUCUGUUUUAUUCCUAAAACUCUCUUUCUGAGAAAAUCUCUUUGCUGUUUCUAGUGGGCCUCUCUGGCCAAUUAAUUUUCAAAUUCUGUCUGUUGCCAUUACUGUUCCUUGGAUGUUUGUAGCUCUGCUCUGAGCUCUUUGUUUCUUUUUUUUUCCCAAGGAAAACUUAAUUACUGCCCCCCCCUUUUUUUUUUUACUAUUUUCUUCUUUUUCAUCAAAAAGUAAUGUCCCUUUUUAAUAAAAAGUAACAAUGUUUUACACACACACCUUUCUCCCUACCCUGUUCACCUCAGUUCUUUCUAGUACCACACACCCCUAGAUUAUUAUUAUUAAUUAGCAGGUGCAUCUUUCUCCAAACUUAUGUAAGAAUAUGAGGAAUUUGUUGUUUCUACACAAAUAGAAUGAGCCUCUUUAUGUACCACCUUCAACUUUUUUUCACUUGGCAUUACACUUUGGAAUUCCUAUAAGUCGUUAUAUAUAGUUCUAGCUCUAUCCUUCCCUUCCUCCUAGAGAGUGUGUGUGUGUGUGUGUGUGUGCGCGUGUGCAAUUCUACAUAAAUGAGACAAUAUACAAGCUGGGGAUGGAGGGAGAUAGACAUUUUAUUGUCCUUCUACUUGCUUCCCUCUUCCUCUCUCCUGCCUCUGGCCCACCACACAGGUAACCCAGGUUAAAUAACUUGAUGUUUUUUAAAGUCAUUGCACUUUUUUUCUUUACUUUUUGGUGUUCAGGUGGUAUUUUACACACAUGUCGAUCUAUUGUGGAUUGGGAUGGUAGUUUUACAAUACAGAUCUACCCCAAUUCACAAUGGUGUUACAUCCUGAUAAACCCCUUGUAAGUUUCAAAUAUCAUGUCAAAAAUGCAUUUAAUGCUCCUAACCUACAGAACAUUAUAACAGCCUAGCCUACCUUAAACAUGCUCAGAACAAUUACGUUAGCCUACAGUUAGGAAAAAUCACCUAGCACAAGGCCUAUUUUAUAAUAAAGUAUUGAAUAUCUCGUGUAA